AUGUUGUUUGAUCCUAAACAAGAGAAUUUGCCAUAUACAUUUGCCUUGAUCAAACCUGAUACAACUCUUAAACCAAAUGUAGUGUAGGAGGUUGUAAAUAAAAUUGAAGCAGCCGGGUUAACUAUAAAAAACUUUGUUUAAGUAUAGUGUUUAACAAUUAUCUAUUGAGAGAACUCUACAGAGAAGAAGUACUUAAUCUGUUUUUCAAAUAAUAAAAGUAUAUGGAUGAAA